GUGCUGCCCCUUUUUAAAAAAAAUUCUGUUAAUAGUUGCUUUCAUGUCAUUUCUCAUGUCGCCACGCCACCUUGAUUAUUUGUGUCCUUUAACUUCUAAUCAUCCUUAAAGGUAAUGCAGUAAUGGAAUUUACUUUUGAUCCUCUGGCGUAUUGAUGGUGGAAACACAUGCAUAAUGCACCAGAUUGACAAACACUGGUAAUUUUCUCUUAGCAGCAUUAUGUAUUUAACCAUUACUCUAGUAUAGUUCUGAAUAUCAGACUUAAUUCUGAAACAUAAACUUCCAUGGGGACAUUUCUUGGACAUCUAGUACCUGGCUUGGCCUUAGCCCUCCUUGGAUUUUGGCAUACAAUUAGCACCAUUAGAGCCAACUAUCAAAAUGGAACUACAAAAUUCAGAUCAAGGUUUUGGUACCCUUUCAAGAGUCCCCUUCCAACUUUACAUCACAUUGAUCUUAUUCUUGUCUUGUCCUUCUCCCUCUUUUGCAUAGUUAUCCAGUUCAUAGACUUCCCUUCUCUUCACUUAUCAUUCAAGCUUCAUAAUAUUGAACAUGCCACCAUGUUCCUUCACUUGACCGUAUAUGCGGGUUUUACUCUUCUUGCUGAGAUAAGUAACUUACAUGAGAUCCUACAUGGGAUCUUAGGCAUACUUGCUACAUCUAUUUUUGGUCAGGAGCUUUUCUUACUUCAUUAUCAUUCAACUGAUCAUGUAGGACUUGAAGGCCAUUACCACUGGCUGUUGCAACUUGUCGUGUGUAUUGCCCUUAUGUCAGCUCUUGUUGUCACUUGCUUCCCUUAUUGUUUCCCUGCAGCACUUGUUCUUUCGAUUUCAGUCAUUUUCCAAGGUGUUUGGUUCAUCAACAUGGGAUUCAACCUAUGGUUUCCACACUUUGUUCCACAAGGAUGUGUUAUGCAAUCAAGUGAAGAUCAUGAAAGCUCCGUGCAUGGAGCGAUCAUGUGUCAAACAGAUGAAGCUGAUAUAAGGGCCCGAGCUAUGGCAAACUUGCAGUUUAGCUGGGUAAUUGCAGCUAUCUUGAUCCUUGUGGCUGGUAUUUCCCUUAUGUUCGCCAGAAAUCGAGCAGAUACGACUCUGUUGUCUAAGUAUGAGCAGCUUCAGAGUAGGGGCAGAGACACCCCUGUAACAAUUAAUUGCUUGAAGCAAACUACUAAAUAAAGAAAUGUACAUAAGGCAUCAAAAGGCCAACUUAAAUAAACUUCAAUGGAUGUGUGGGAGGAGUGAGGACAAGUUAUCGUGUGUCUUCAUGGUACUAGUUCUGUGUAUUGCAGUCGCUAGACUGCCUAACCGUAGUUAUCAAAUGAACUAAAGUUAACUUA